AGAGAAAAGUUGACGAGAAGCUCAUUGAAGGCUGAACUAAAGUUUGGAGUUACAGAGAUCCCCGCCCCUCCAUGCACGUUAUAUAGUGCAACCUGGACACCAACAGGCCAAUAUCUGGCUAACCAUUCAAACCAUAAGGCUGUCUUUACAUCACUAUGAAAGGCGACAUGGAGAGCCUGCCCAAGAUGGACCCCUCCAACGACCACAGUCGGCCCCUGGACAUUGUGCCACAGAGCGAUGAGAAGAUGAAGGAGAGGGGUCAGUGGGGCAACAAGGUGGAGUUUGUCCUGUCUGUCGCCGGGGAGAUCAUAGGACUGGGAAAUGUGUGGCGCUUCCCUUACCUGUGCUACAAGAACGGAGGAGGUGCGUUCUUCAUCCCCUACCUGAUCUUCCUCUUCACGUGUGGGAUCCCAGUAUUCUUCCUGGAGACAGCUCUAGGACAGUACACCAGCGAGGGAGGUGUCACCUGUUGGAGGAAGAUCACUCCACUGUUUGAAGGAGUGGGCUACGCCACACAAGUCAUCGUGGCUCUGUUGAACUUCUAUUACAUCAUCGUCCUGGCCUGGGCCAUCUUCUACCUGUCCUACUCCUUCACCUGGGACCUGCCCUGGGCCUCCUGCAACAACACAUGGAACACAGAUUCUUGCAUGGAGUUCCAGAGGAGGAAUGACUCUUUCAAUCAGCCACGUCUGAACGCCACGUCUCCUGUCAUUGAGUUCUGGGAGCGGAGGGUUCUGCGUAUCUCCUCUGGCAUAGACAAUAUAGGAUCUCUCAACUGGGACCUGGUGCUGUGUCUGGCCAUAGCCUGGAUACUGGUUUACUUCUGUAUCUGGAAGGGAGUCAAAUCCACCGGCAAGGUGGUGUAUUUUACAGCUACCUUCCCCUACAUCAUGCUGUGUAUCCUGCUCAUCAGAGGGGUCACCCUACCGGGAGCCUUCAUAGGAAUCAAGUUCUACCUCUACCCAGACCUGGGCCGCCUGUCCGACCCACAGGUAUGGAUGGAUGCAGGGACUCAGAUCUUUUUCUCGUAUGCCAUCUGUCUGGGGUGUCUGACUGCCCUGGGGAGCUACAACAAGUACAACAACAACUGCUACAGAGAUUGCUUGUCGUUAUGCUUCCUGAACAGUGGGACCAGUUUCGUGGCUGGCUUUGCCAUCUUCUCCAUCCUGGGCUUCAUGUCUUAUGAGCAAAAUGUGCCCAUCUCAGAGGUGGCAGAAUCAGGUCCUGGUCUGGCCUUCAUAGCUUUUAUAGCGUACCCCUGUGCUGUGUCUAUGAUGCCCUUUCCUCUCUCUCUGGGGCCUGUUUUCUUCUUCAUCAUGAUUCGUCUUUCUGGGCUGGGACAGCCAUUUGUGUGUGUGGGAGAGUCUGUGACGGACGCCCAUGUGGACAUGUACCCUAAAACGUUUCGUCGUAAGAACCGCAGAGAGCUCUUCAUUCUGGCGGUGGCCAUCUUCUCCUUCCUCAUGGGUCUCAUCAUGCUGACAGAGGGAGGCAUGUACGUCUUCCAACUCUUUGACUACUAUGCUGCCAGUGGGAUGUGCCUGCUCUUUGUGGCUGUCUUUGAGACAGUUUGCAUUGCUUGGAUUUAUGGUGCUGACCGUUUCUAUGACAACAUUGAGGACAUGAUUGGCUACCGCCCUGGGCCUAUUAUCAAAUACUGCUGGAUGUACUUCACUCCUGCUACCUGCUUAGGUACUUUUGCCUUCUCCCUGAUCAAGUACACCCCUCUGAAGUACAACAAUGAGUAUGUGUACCCCUGGUGGGGCUACGGCCUGGGCUGGCUCCUGGCCCUGUCCUCCAUGCUCUGUGUCCCCCUCUGGGUGGUCAUCAAAAUGUGUUCUGUGGAAGGCACCCUGAAGGAGCGCUUUAUAAUCCUGACCACACCGUCCACUGACUUACCCAAAACCAAGAAGGAGCAAGAGAAGCUGCUGGCCAUCUUUGCUGCCGAUGGGGACAGCCUCCGUCAGAGACACCCUCCCACCAAGGAAGGCUACUUCCCCGUCAACGAGAAGGAGUCCAACUGCUAGAGCUGGGAACGUGGACCCAGYCCUUSUGAGGUCCCAUGUC